CACUAAUACGCUAAUAAUCGACCGAAAUAUAGAACCUUUACCCCUCCGGCCUCCGGCCCUAUAAAUUGGGAGCCUUCCAUUCCCCAAUCUUCACCAAUUCAAACACAUCUCUUUCAUACACCCAAAUAUUUAGCCCCACCGCCGCCGUAAACCCAGCCAAUCCAAUCCAAUGGCAGCUUCCUCCUCCUCCUCCUCCCUCUCGGCCGCUCUCCUCGCCGCUGUCCUAACCACCUCGCUUCUCGCCUCCACGUCAUCCGCCUCCAGCAGACCCCUCUCCGCCGCCGGCGCAACGACCAACACGGAGUUCAUCCGUACGUCCUGCAGCGCCACCACGUACCCUCAGCUAUGCUACAACUCCCUUGCCGUCCACGCCACCAAAAUCCAGACCAGCGCCAAGCUCAUGGCCUCCACCGCCCUCGACGUCACCCUAGCGUCAGCGAAGUCAACCUCCGCCGCCAUGGUCAAGCUCCAACAGUCCCACGGCCUCAGCCCCCGCGAGUACGUGGCGAUGCGCGACUGCGUGGAGGUGCUCGGUGACUCCGUCGACCUCAUCCGCCAGUCCAUGGCCGAGAUGGCGGCGAACAAAGGCGGCGCGGAUUUCGGGAUGAUGAUCAGCGACGUGCAGACGUGGGUCAGCGCCGCCUUGACCGACGAGAGCACGUGCACCGACGGGUUCGCGGAGAAGGCCGUGGCCGACGGGGAGAUGAAGACGGCGGUGAGAGGGAAGAUUGAGACGAUUGGUCAGCUCACCAGCAACGCCUUGGCUCUCAUCAACGCCUAUGCUACUCUCCAUCACUAGACUUAUUAUAUAUAUAUUUUACAAUUUGUGAUAAUUAGUUGUAUGAUAAUCGUUAGAUGUUGUUGUGAAAUGUUGAUUAGUAAGUGAUCAAGCGUGUGAACUGUUAAAGACUGUUAAUGAGUGAUGUUAGUAACCUGUUAUUUUGAUUCAAUACAAACCAUUUUCCAAU